AUGCCCAUGACUUAUUCUUCCGUCAGACACUACAAUAAUGUGACCUUUCCCAAGCCUUCAGCAGUGAUUCUCGUGUUAUUCUUGUUGCAGCCUUUUUUCGGUGGGGCAUUUCAACAGAGCUCUGUUACCUCGCUUCACCCUUCGACGACAGCAGUGCUCUGGUCGACUGCUAUUUCUGCGACAGCCGAUGCUACUGCUACUACCACUACUACUACCACUGAUAUCACUGAUAUCACUGAUGAAGAACCAAUAAGCAUAUAUGCAGCCUCUCAUUGGGACGACCAAUUUGAAGAGCUCCAGUCCUUCAAGGCAGAGUGUGGGCAUUGUAACUUUCCCCAGAAUCCGCCCGCUACACUUGAGAAGAAAUAUCCAACAUUGGCGAGCUUCUGUCGGGUUCAGCGUUCCGAAUACAAGAAGAACAAAUUGCGUACCAAUAAUCAAAGGAUGACCCUUCAAAGUUUUGAUUGGAAUAUUCGUUGUCGUCAACUGGAGGAGCUUGGAUUUGAAUUUAAUAUGAAACUUGCCAAUUGGUAUGACAACUACUAUGAGCUACUGCAGUAUCGCCAUGACAAUGGGCAUACUCAUGUGAGCCAAAUGGAAAAUCCGUCACUUUACAACUGGAUUUUCUCUCAUGAACGACGCCAUGAUCGUCUCUCAGAAAAACAAUUGAAACUAUUGAAUGACAUUGGAAUUACUUGGAAGCCGGACGAUACCGAGACCAAGUGGCACGCCAGAUACAAUGAGCUUGUCGAAUUUAAGAACAAGCAUGGACAUUUAUUGGUGGACGCGGGUGGGCCGCUUGAUAGAUGGAUGCACCAUCAGCGACGGUUGCGACGAGGCAGACGACAGAACCGUCGUGGUCUCACUGACGAAAAAAGAAGAUUGUUGGAUAAAAUUGAUUUCCCUUGGAAUCCAGUCCGUCUCGAUGUUUUGUGGCUCAACCAGUACAACGAAAUCGUACGGUUCCAAGAGCAUCAUGGGCAUUGUCGGCCUGGGCGAAGGACCUAUUCCAAGGAGUACUCGUGGUUACAAGUGCAACGAAAUAAACGGGAGAGCGGUCUGCUCGGUGAGGAACAAAUCAAAUUAUUGGAAAAGAUUGGCUUGUCUUGGGAAGGCACUAAUGCGAAUGUCUGGAUCCCCAUGCACAAAAAACUUGUUGAAUAUUGCAAUGAGCACGGCAACCUUCAGGUCAGCGAAGACGAUGACCCAGAACUCUACGAUUGGAUGACUUUUCAACGAAAACGCUAUCAUGGGAUUGUCAACCAACCCCCAAAAAUGACAGAGCAACAAAUCGAAAAGAUGGAAGAGAUUCACUUUUGCUGGUCGCUGGAUUGGAAGGAACGGGUGUGGCAUGAGAAGUACACGGAGGUCGUCGAAUUCUACAAGGACCACGGCCAUGUUCAGGUUAAGAAGAAGGACAAUGCAAGCGUUUUCAAUUGGAUAAAGAUACAGGGGGAAAGGUACAAGGAAACGGAAGGCUACAAAUCAUUGUCGGAAGAGGAAUUGGAACUGUUGGAGCAGAUUGAAUUUGCUUUCCUCAAAGACCGGCCUCGCGUGUAUUGGAAUUCAAUGUAUGCCGAACUACAUAGGUAUCACAACGAGAACGAUGGGAGGUUCCCGAGUCAUCAAGAGGAUCCUAAACUGAGCCGUUGGAUGAGACAGCAACGAAACAGGCUGAGAAGUACAUUUGGAUAUGUUGCACUAUCGGAAGAGCAAAAGUCAAUGUUGGAGAGUAUGGGUUGCCCAAUGGUGCCAAAAACACGGAGUUUGAAAGCAUGGUAUGCGAAGUACGAUGAACUGGUGGAAUUCUGGAAGCGCCAUGGACAUUUCCUAGUGGGUCAAGCUGACAACCCUAUUCUAUUUGAAUGGGUGGGAAAACAGCGCUCGAAAUACAAGGGGGGAGCAAUAAGGAGCGAGCGACUUUCCAGAUCGCAGAUCUACUUGUUGGAGCGAAUUGACUUUCCUUGGGUAUCGAAUCGUUAUGAGUUAGAGUGGCAAGCCAGGUAUGAUGAGCUUGUCGAGUUUUUGGAGGCGGAGGGUCGGUUUCCAGGAAGUCUCUCAGAGCAUCCAAAGCUAUACAAGUGGACAUUUCGACAGCGUCAAAGAUACAAAGGUACAGGAGAUUCCGAUAUUACUGAUCACCAAAUCCAACAACUCGAGAAGAUUGGUUUUAUGUGGUCCGCGACGGACUAA